UGUUUCCUACCUUAAAUCGGGCCAGGGCUCAGCGUUCGAGCUACAAGUUGUGUCGUCGGUAGGUUCGUGGAGAUUAGAGGUGAGGAAGCUAAACGGAGAGGCCGCAGAUCGCAGGAAGCUGCCGAGACUCGAGAGCAUAGGGGUUGUGGGAGGCAAAGCGGGCCACAAUGAUUGAGGUGGUUUGCAACGACCGUCUAGGAAAGAAAGUUCGCGUUAAGUGCAACACCGAUGACACCAUCGGGGACUUGAAGAAACUGAUAGCGGCCCAAACUGGCACCCGUUGGAAUAAGAUCGUUCUUAAAAAGUGGUACACGAUUUUUAAGGACCACGUGUCGCUGGGAGAUUAUGAAAUCCAUGAUGGGAUGAACCUGGAGCUUUAUUACCAAUAGAGGGAAGUCCUCUACCUGGCCCCGCCCUGCCUUGCUCUCCCACCCUCAUUUACACUGGUGUAGAUGUUCAUUUUUAACAAUUCACGUGAAUAAAAACUUUGAU